AUGACUGCCCUCCAUCCUCCAUUCCGGACCAAGUCCCUGCUCCUACUCGCCGUCAUCUCUCUUCUCGCCCGGAUGGCCUAUUCCGAUUCGUCCUCCUCAUCCGAAUUACCCACUUCGCAACUGAUCACCAAGGCCAACACACUCCUAGUGACAGGCCAAGCCUCCAAAGCACUCGAACUCUACGAACUCGUCCUCGAGUGA